AUGGCUGCUAACUCCAACUCCAAAAUGCCACAAAACACCAUCACUCACCCUCCUUGGUAUUCACCAAAAACUGGAAUUUACAAUAGUAUUCAUUCUCCCAGGAACCUUCCAACCGACCCUUUUCUCGACGUUGUUUCCUUCAUUUUUUCUCACCCUCAUGAUGGGGUUUUGGCUCUUAUUGAUUCUUCAUCUGGGUCUUCCAUUUCUUACUCAAACUUGUUUCCUUUAGUCAAAUCAAUGGCUUCUGGUCUUCACAAAAUGGGUGUUUCACAGGGUGCUGUUGUUACACCAUUGAAUCCUGUCAGUAGUGUUGCUGAAAUUCGUAAGCAGGUUAAUGAGUGUGGUGUGAGUUUUGCUUUUACUAUACCCGAAAAUUUUAAGAAACUAGAGCCAUUCAACAUUCCAAAUAUUAUUGUGCCAGAAAAUGAAAAGGAUUUGAAGUAUGAUUGUUUCUCUUGUUUCUUUAACCUUAUUAAUAGUAACUUUGAUCUUCCUCAAAGGCCAGUUAUUAAACAAGAAGACACUGCUGGUAUAUUGUAUUCUUCUGGUACUACAGGUGUUAGCAAAGGAGUUGUUUUAACGCAUAGAAAUUUAAUUGCAAUGGUUGAACUAUUUGCGAGGUUUCAAGCUUCUUCUUCUUCUUCCAAAAAUGUGUUUCUAGCUGCUUUGCCAAUGUUUCAUAUAUUUGGUUUAUCGCUCUUUACUACCGGAUUACUGUCGUUGGGUUCUACAGUUGUUGUAAUGAAUAAAUUUCAAAUUGACGAGGCUAUUAGGGUGAUUGAUAAAUACAAUGUUACACACUUUGAUGUUGUUCCACCCAUGUUAGUGACAUUGACAGAAAAGGCGAAGCGGGUUAAUGGAAGUAAGUUGCUGAGUUUGAGACGUGUUUUAUGCGGUGCCGCGCCUUUAACCACAACAAUUAUAAAUGAAUUUGUCCAAGUUUUCCCUAAUGUUGAUUUAAUACAGGCUUAUGGAAUGACUGAGUCUGCUGCAGUAGGAAGUUGCUGCUUCGAUAGUGACAAGUUUCACAACUAUUCUUCAGUAGGAUUGUUAGCUCCAAACAUGGAGGCAAAAGUGGUAGACAUGAACAAUGGUGCACUUUUGCCCCCAGGAAGAAGUGGCGGGCUUUGGUUGCGAGGGCCUUCGAUUACGAAAGGAUAUUUAAAUAACGAAGAAGCUACGAUGGCAUCAAUUGAUAAAGAUGGUUGGCUUAAUACCGGAGAUAUUGUUUAUUUUGAUGAGAAUGGAUAUUUGUAUUUAUGUGAUCGUUUGAAAGACAUGAUCAAAUACAAGGGCUUUCAGAUUGCUCCUGCUGAUUUAGAAGCUGUGUUAAUUUUGCAUCCUGAAAUAGUUGAUGUCGCUGUUACAGGUGUCAAGGAUGAAGAAGCUGGGGAGAUUCCGGUAGCAUUUGUGGUCAAGAAGGCUGGAAGUGUACUUUCCACAAAGAAUGUUAUAGACCAUGUUGCUGAGCAGGUUACUCCAUACAAGAAAGUUCGGAAAGUGGUCUUCAUCGACAAGAUACCGAGGUCUGUGACUGGGAAGAUCCUUCGAAGGCAACUCAGGAAUGAAUUGCCUUCUAAUCUCUAA